AAACAAUCGAAAACGUUUUCAGUGACUCUACCGAUUCUUUUUGAAAAAUAUAUGUUUUAAUAAAGACGCAGUAAGAACUACAGCAAAAACAACAUGGCGAUUCCGCCGUAUAUGUUAAACCCUCAAUGGGCUCAAGUAAUGGCUCAACAACAGGCUCAAGCAUUUGCUGCACAACAACAAGCCAUGCAUGCUCAACAUAUGCAAGCUGCAAACCAACAAAUGCAAAUGGGUAUGAUUCCGAGUCAAACACCUGCACAAGAAGUUUCAGAAGAAAAGUUACAGGAGAAAUCGCAGAAAUGGCAACAAAUGCAAUCGAAAAAGUUUGCGGAUAAGCGCAAAUUCGGAUUCAUUGAUGCUCAAAAAGAAGACAUGCCUCCGGAGCAUAUUAGAAAGAUCAUCAGAGAUCAUGGAGACAUGACAUCAAGGAAAUACCGACACGACAAACGAGUUUACUUGGGAGCUUUGAAAUAUAUGCCGCAUGCUGUAAUGAAAUUGUUAGAAAAUAUGCCCAUGCCAUGGGAGCAAAUUCGAGAUGUGCCUGUUUUGUAUCACAUUACAGGUGCUAUCACAUUUGUAAAUGAAAUUCCGUGGGUAAUUGAACCGCAUUACAUAGCUCAAUGGGGAACAAUGUGGGUUAUGAUGCGUCGUGAAAAGCGCGAUCGUCGACAUUUUAAACGUAUGCGUUUUCCGCCUUUCGACGAUGAAGAGCCUCCAUUAGAUUAUGCUGACAACGUUUUGGAUGUUGAGCCUUUAGAAGCAAUUCAAAUAGAUUUGGAUAGCGAAGAAGAUCAUGCGGUUUUUGAUUGGUUCUAUGAGCAUCGCCCUUUAGUCGGAACUCCGUAUGUCAAUGGAUCAACUUACCGCAAAUGGAAUUUGACACUUCCACAAAUGGCAACAUUAUAUAGAUUGGCGAAUCAACUCCUCACGGAUUUGGUUGACGACAACUUCUUUUACUUAUUUGAUCCUAAAAGUUUUUUCACAGCAAAAGCAUUAAACAUGGCAAUUCCUGGAGGUCCCAAAUUUGAGCCACUUAUAAAAGAUCACAAUGUUGGCGAUGAAGACUGGAAUGAGUUUAAUGACAUUAAUAAAAUUAUCAUUCGACAACCUAUUCGAACGGAAUAUCGUAUUGCAUUUCCCUAUUUAUACAACAAUAUGCCGAAUUUUGUACAUCUCAGUUGGUAUCAUUUCCCAAAUGUCGUUUACAUCAAAACGGAAGAUCCUGAUUUACCAGCUUUCUAUUUUGAUCCUUUGAUCAAUCCAAUCGCUCACAGAAAUGCCGUCAAGAGUGUGGAAAUUGAAAUCGAAAUGGAUGAGGAAUUCACCUUACCUGAAGAAGUUGUUCCGUUUUUGCAAGAUACUCCAUUGUACACAGAUAAUACAGCUCAUGGUAUUUCACUUUUGUGGGCCCCAAGACCUUUUAACAUGCGAUCUGGGCGUUGUCGUCGAGCUAUUGACAUCCCCUUAGUCAAAGGUUGGUAUAAAGAACAUUGUCCGCCGGGACAUCCCGUUAAAGUUCGCGUCAGUUAUCAGAAAUUGUUAAAAUAUUACGUUUUGAAUGCAUUAAAACAUCGACGCCCAAAACCUCAGAAAAAAAGAUAUCUAUUCCGAUCAUUCAAAGCAACAAAAUUUUUCCAAACAACAACACUCGAUUGGGUUGAAGCUGGAUUACAAGUUUGUCGUCAGGGUUACAACAUGUUAAAUCUCUUGAUUCACCGUAAGAAUUUGAACUACUUACAUUUGGAUUAUAACUUCAACUUGAAACCCGUUAAGACUUUAACAACAAAAGAAAGAAAGAAAUCACGUUUCGGAAAUGCUUUUCAUUUAUGUAGAGAAAUUUUACGAUUGACAAAACUCAUUGUUGACUCACAUGUUCAAUACCGUUUGAAUAACGUUGACGCUUUCCAACUUGCUGAUGGAUUGCAAUACAUUUUUGCACACGUUGGUCAAUUGACGGGAAUGUAUCGUUACAAGUAUAAAUUAAUGAAACAAAUUCGCAUGUGUAAGGACUUGAAACACCUGAUCUAUUAUCGCUUUAAUACGGGUCCUGUUGGUAAAGGACCUGGAUGUGGAUUUUGGGCUCCUGGAUGGCGAGUUUGGUUAUUCUUCAUGCGGGGCGUAACUCCAUUACUUGAACGAUGGUUAGGAAAUCUGUUGUCACGCCAGUUCGAAGGUCGACAUUCGAAAGGAGUCGCAAAAACAGUUACUAAACAACGCGUUGAAAGUCAUUUUGAUUUGGAGUUGCGUGCUUCUGUCAUGCAUGAUAUUGUAGAUAUGAUGCCCGAAGGCAUUAAGCAAAACAAGGCGAGAACAAUUUUGCAACAUCUUUCAGAAGCUUGGAGAUGUUGGAAAGCAAACAUCCCAUGGAAAGUUCCGGGACUACCAAUCCCUAUUGAAAAUAUGAUUUUACGAUAUGUCAAAAUGAAGGCAGAUUGGUGGACAAAUACUGCUCAUUACAAUCGGGAACGUAUUCGUCGCGGAGCAACUGUCGAUAAAACUGUUUGUAAGAAGAAUUUGGGUCGUCUUACACGUUUAUACUUAAAAGCCGAACAAGAGCGUCAACACAACUACCUGAAAGACGGUCCAUAUAUUUCUCCCGAAGAAGCAGUUGCUAUUUAUACUACAACAGUUCAUUGGUUAGAAUCUCGGAGAUUUGCACCAAUUCCCUUUCCGCCAUUAUCAUACAAACAUGAUACAAAAUUAUUAAUUUUAGCAUUAGAAAGGCUUAAAGAGGCAUACAGUGUAAAAUCGCGAUUAAACCAAAGCCAGAGAGAAGAAUUGGGAUUGAUUGAACAAGCAUAUGAUAAUCCGCAUGAAGCACUUUCACGUAUUAAGAGACACUUGCUUACUCAAAGGGCAUUUAAAGAGACCGGUAUUGAGUUCAUGGAUUUAUACAGUCACUUGAUUCCCGUUUACGAUGUUGAACCAUUAGAAAAAAUAACAGAUGCUUACUUGGAUCAAUAUUUGUGGUAUGAAGCUGAUAAACGUCGACUUUUUCCGCCAUGGAUUAAACCAAGUGACACUGAGCCUCCUCCAUUGCUUGUUUAUAAAUGGUGUCAAGGUAUAAACAAUUUACAAGAUGUAUGGGAUGUUCAGGAAGGUGAAUGUAAUGUUCUUUUGGAAUCAAAAUUUGAGAAGUUAUACGAAAAAAUUGAUUUAACCCUUUUGAACCGUCUUCUUCGAUUGAUCGUUGAUCACAACAUUGCUGAUUAUAUGACGGCAAAGAACAAUGUUGUUAUAAAUUAUAAAGAUAUGAACCACACAAACAGCUACGGAAUCAUUCGCGGUUUACAAUUCGCUUCAUUUAUUGUUCAAUACUAUGGAUUGGUCUUAGACUUGUUAGUUUUAGGUCUACAACGCGCAAGUGAAAUGGCAGGCCCUCCACAAAUGCCGAAUGAUUUUCUUACGUUCCAAGAUGCUCCAACCGAAACAGCCCAUCCAGUUCGUUUAUAUUGUCGUUAUGUCGAUCGUAUUCACUUAUUCUUCAGAUUCACUGCCGAAGAGGCUCGUGAUUUGAUUCAAAGAUAUCUUACGGAACAUCCCGAUCCAAAUAAUGAAAAUAUUGUCGGUUAUAAUAAUAAGAAAUGUUGGCCCCGUGAUGCUCGGAUGCGUUUAAUGAAACAUGAUGUUAACUUAGGACGAGCUGUUUUUUGGGAUAUAAAAAAUCGACUUCCACGAUCAGUAACAACAAUCAAUUGGGAUAGUACUUUUGUUUCUGUAUAUUCAAAAGAUAAUCCAAAUCUUUUGUUCAAUAUGUCAGGGUUUGAAUGUCGAAUUUUGCCAAAAUGUCGCACACAACAUGAAGAAUUUACAAAUCGCGAUGGGGUUUGGAAUCUGCAAAACGAGAUAACAAAAGAAAGAACUGCUCAAUGUUUCCUUCGAGUAGAUGAUGAGUCUUUAAGUCGUUUCCACAAUCGUGUAAGACAAAUUCUCAUGGCUUCUGGUUCAACAACAUUCACGAAAAUCGUCAACAAAUGGAAUACAGCUCUCAUUGGUUUAAUGACAUACUUUCGCGAAGCAGUUGUCAACACUCAGGAGCUUCUUGAUUUGCUUGUAAAAUGUGAAAACAAGAUUCAAACGCGUAUCAAAAUCGGUUUAAAUUCAAAAAUGCCCUCCAGAUUCCCGCCAGUUGUGUUCUAUACACCGAAAGAAUUGGGAGGUCUUGGGAUGUUGAGUAUGGGACACGUUUUGAUUCCGCAAUCUGACUUGCGAUGGUCAAAACAAACGGAUGUUGGAAUUACACAUUUCCGUUCGGGCAUGUCACAUGAUGAAGAUCAAUUAAUUCCCAAUUUAUAUCGCUAUAUUCAACCGUGGGAAAGUGAAUUUAUUGAUUCGCAACGUGUGUGGGCUGAAUAUGCAUUAAAAAGACAAGAAGCAAAUGCACAAAAUCGUCGAUUAACACUUGAGGAUUUGGAAGAUAGUUGGGAUCGAGGAAUUCCGAGAAUAAAUACUUUGUUUCAGAAAGACAGACAUACGUUGGCGUACGACAAGGGUUGGCGUAUUCGUACGGAAUUCAAACAAUAUCAAGUUUUGAAACAAAAUCCAUUUUGGUGGACACAUCAACGUCAUGAUGGAAAACUAUGGAAUUUGAAUAAUUACAGAACAGAUAUGAUUCAAGCGCUUGGCGGUGUAGAAGGUAUUCUCGAACACACGCUCUUCAAAGGAACGUAUUUCCCAACUUGGGAAGGUCUUUUUUGGGAAAAAGCUUCUGGAUUUGAAGAAUCAAUGAAAUACAAAAAACUUACCAACGCUCAAAGAUCUGGUUUGAAUCAAAUUCCCAAUCGUAGAUUCACACUUUGGUGGUCUCCAACAAUUAAUCGUGCUAAUGUAUACGUUGGUUUUCAAGUACAAUUAGAUUUAACGGGUAUUUUUAUGCACGGCAAGAUUCCAACUUUAAAAAUUUCGUUAAUCCAAAUUUUCCGUGCUCAUUUAUGGCAAAAGAUUCACGAAUCGAUUGUAAUGGAUUUGUGUCAAGUAUUUGAUCAGGAGUUAGAUGCUUUGGAAAUCGAAACAGUGCAGAAAGAAACUAUCCAUCCGCGUAAAUCGUACAAAAUGAAUUCCAGUUGUGCUGAUAUCUUGCUUUUCCCAGCUUAUAAAUGGAAUGUUUCAAGACCUUCGUUACUUGCAGAUAGUAAAGACACAAUGGAUAACACAACAACGCAAAAAUUCUGGUUGGAUGUGCAACUUAGAUGGGGCGAUUAUGAUUCGCAUGAUGUUGAAAGAUACGCAAGAGCUAAAUUUUUGGAUUAUACUACUGAUAAUAUGAGUAUUUAUCCGUCACCAACGGGAGUUUUAAUUGGAAUCGAUUUGGCCUAUAAUUUGCACAGCGCUUACGGAAAUUGGUUCCCAGGGUGUAAGCCUUUGAUCCAACAAGCUAUGGCAAAAAUUAUGAAAGCAAACCCAGCCCUUUACGUUUUGCGAGAACGCAUUCGUAAGGCUCUUCAACUUUACAGUUCAGAACCCACUGAACCAUAUUUAUCAUCUCAGAAUUAUGGAGAGUUAUUCUCCAAUCAAAUUAUUUGGUUCGUUGAUGAUACGAAUGUAUAUCGUGUUACAAUUCACAAAACAUUCGAAGGCAAUUUGACAACGAAACCAAUUAACGGCGCAAUUUUCAUUUUUAAUCCACGCACAGGCCAACUCUUCUUAAAAAUCAUUCACACUUCUGUAUGGGCAGGACAAAAACGUCUUGGCCAACUUGCAAAAUGGAAAACUGCUGAAGAAGUAGCUGCUCUCAUUCGUUCGCUUCCUGUAGAAGAACAGCCCAAGCAAAUUAUUGUAACACGAAAGGGCAUGUUAGAUCCAUUGGAAGUACAUUUACUUGAUUUUCCCAAUAUUGUCAUUAAGGGAAGUGAAUUGCAGUUACCAUUCCAAGCUUGUUUAAAAAUUGAAAAGUUUGGAGAUUUGAUAUUAAAAGCAACAGAGCCUCAAAUGGUUCUUUUCAACUUGUAUGAUGAUUGGCUAAAGACAAUUUCUUCUUACACGGCAUUUUCAAGACUGAUUUUGAUUUUGAGAGCUCUACAUGUUAACACAGAACGUACGAAAAUCAUUUUGAAACCGGAUAAAACAACAAUCACAGAGGCGCAUCACAUCUGGCCUACAUUAACAGACGAAGAAUGGAUUAAAGUAGAGGUAGCGUUAAAAGAUUUGAUUUUAGCUGACUAUGGCAAGAAAAAUAAUGUAAACGUUGCCUCAUUGACACAAUCUGAAAUUCGGGACAUUAUUUUGGGUAUGGAAAUUUCUGCGCCUUCAGCUCAACGUCAACAAAUUGCAGAAAUUGAAAAGCAAACAAAAGAGCAAUCACAACUUACGGCAACAACGACAAGAACAACAAACAAACACGGAGACGAGAUUAUCACAUCAACAACAUCGAAUUAUGAAACAACUACUUUCAGUUCAAAAACAGAAUGGAGAAUUCGUGCAAUUUCCGCAACAAAUCUUCAUUUGCGUACAAACCACAUUUACGUUAGUUCAGAUGACAUCAAAGAAACGGGCUACACUUACAUUCUACCCAAGAAUAUUCUGAAAAAGUUUGUGACAAUAUCGGAUUUACGCGCUCAAAUUGCUGGUUACUUGUACGGCGUCAGUCCUGCUGAUAAUCCACAAGUAAAGGAAAUUCGUUGUAUUGUCAUGCCGCCUCAAUGGGGAACACAUCAAGUAAUUAACUUGCCAAAUACGUUGCCACAACAUCAGUAUUUGAAAGACAUGGAACCUCUCGGUUGGAUUCAUUCGCAGCCAAAUGAAUUGCCUCAAUUGUCACCUCAAGACAUUACGACACAUGCAAAAAUAAUGCAAGAAAAUCCGUCAUGGGAUGGAGAACGAACUAUUAUCAUCACUUGUUCAUUCACUCCUGGAUCCUGUUCAUUAACAGCGUAUAAAUUGACUCCAUCAGGCUUCGAAUGGGGCAGCAAAAAUACUGAUAAAGGAAACAAUCCAAAGGGAUAUCUUCCAAGUCACUAUGAACGUGUACAAAUGUUACUGUCAAACAAAUUCUUAGGCUUCUUUAUGACACCCGCUCAAGGAAGUUGGAAUUACAAUUUUAUGGGUGUACGGCACGAUCCUAACAUGAAAUACGAGUUAGCAUUAGCAAAUCCUAAAGAAUUCUAUCAUGAAGUUCACAGACCAUCACAUUUCCUAUUAUUCUCUAAUUUAGAAGAUGCUGGAGAUGCAGGAGGAGCAGAUUUGGAAAAUAUGUUUGCUUAAAAUUUCAUAUGUUUUGAUAAUUAAAAAGUUGUGUGUUACUUUAUAAAUUUAAAUACAAAUAAAAAGAAUGUCA